GCUUUGUUGCUCAUCUCUUUGUCUGCUGAAUUCUACAAGCUCAAAUGGAACAUGGGAUCCGGUGGUGGUAUGUCCAUACAGACUGGACCAUACAUCUACUUGACGCCAUCAGGCGUGCAGAAAGAGCGCUUGGCGCCAGCCCAGCUUUUCGUGUUCCACACUGGAGACACCACUUCAAGUCCAUAUUGGGCAUACCAGCCGGCAGGGAUGAAGCCGAGUAGCUCGAAUGAGGUUUUCUUAUGGCUGCAUCAGCACCAUGAAGCAAAGUGCGUCAUUCACACGCACUCUUUAUACUCGAACCUAGCUACACGACAACCUCAGCAAACUAACGAAGAUACCUGGUGGACCAUCGAUAAUCAAGAGUAUCUCAAGGGCAUCCCGUCAUAUCCUGAAUCACAUUGCUACAAGAACACAGAUAACCUCCACAUCCCAAUCAUUCCGAAUAAGCCCACAGAAGCAGAGUUAUCUCCUGAUCUUCGAGAGGCUGCUCGCAAAAACAAGGUGCCGUGCAUUCUAGUCAAGAAUCAUGGUGCAUAUCACUUCGGAAAGUCUUGGGAACAGACCAAGAUGUCAGCAGAAUGUCUGGAAUACCUAUUUGAGCUA